CUUUCUAUCUCCUACUUCCUAUUCUUCAAAAUUUCGCCACUCUUACUGCUCUGCUUCUACGAGUUUCAAGAGCUUUCCAUCAACAUUCCAGCACUCUCAGAGUCCUCCUUACUCAUCUGCUUCUUCUGCUCUCACCCUUUGGAUCUCGAUGCUGACUCUCAAGGCCCUGCUACAAUCGAUUACCGUUCUCUUUUGCAGGAAGACGAAUUUCACAAACUGGCUGAUUCCACGAUCCAUGACCUUCAGGAGAAAUUUGAGGAAUAUGGCGAUAGCAUCCAAAUUGAUGUGCUGGACAUAGAUUAUGGGAAUGAGGUUUUGACUCUGAAGCUCGGCGAUUUAGGCACCUAUUGGUUAUCUUCUCCAGUGAGUGGUCCAUCCAGGUUUAGUUGGGAUCAGAACACCAAAGCUUGGGUUUAUAGGCGCACAAAAGCGAAUUUGUUGACCAUUUUUGAAAGUGAAUUGGAGCAACUAUGUGGCGAAUCUAUCAAACUUAGUUGUAGUAAAUUUUCUUGAUUUGCAGAAUAUUCUUUUUCAGGAAAUUUAACUCUGUAUUAUUAUUUAUGUUUGGCACUCUUACCAGAUCAAAUCUUUUAGGAUUUUUUCUUUAUGAUAAUGUAUAUGUUAGACAAGUAUUCCAGUUGCCUAAAUCUAUUCAACAAUAAUGGUAAUGAGAAUUAUUUA